GUGGACGGCAAGGUUUUCAGUGCUCGCUCGAGCGCGGUUUUGCCCGACUGCCACCGGUUGGAGCUGUUUUUCGCUGCUGAAACAUGCAUGCUAACACGCACUUUCUUAAUUCCAAGCUUACCUUACCAGUCCAGAAAGCCGUCGGGCCGGACGGGACUAGAGUUGGAAAGGAUCCGUAAGCGCUUAUUUCCCACUUGGUCGGUUCUGGCCCCCUUCGUCCAUGUCGCCGCAAAGGCGAGUCAGGCGAGUUAAGACGCAAGAAUUGUAUUGAAACCAGGCUGGGCGUCAUGAAGGCAAACAAAGUUUAUGCAUCACCUGCCCGAGUCUAGUUCUGGACUGCGCAGUGCGAACAGCAGCCAAAGGCCCGACCCGGUUCGUCUGCUGAGAAGUGGCGGUGCCUCGCAGUAUGAGAAAACGGGCACAAUCAAGUGCGACCUGUUGUCGCCCUUAGCCCGCGCGGCUCUGCCGCUGGACCACCGUGCCGCCGCCAGCGCCCGGUCUGCUGCGGAGCGGCGGUUCAUCGAGGCGAACACCAUCAUUCAGAACAGCCUGGUCGCCACGGCGACACGCCGCGGUGGGGCCUCAACCUCUGCGAAUCCCCUGCGCGCCCACUGCGCGCGCGUCAACCUCGGGAGGCCCUGGGACGGGUACAACCUGUCCUCUCAUCACAAGGACUACAAGACCGCGGUCGGUGCUAGGUACCUAGUUCCGCAACCUGACCCGCGCUCGCGACCUGACCUGACCUGGCCCAACGGCGAGUGCCGGCACUGUGGCAUCCGCAACUGCCGCAAGUAUGUUCAGGGCCUCUGCUACCCCUGCUACUUUAAGGAGCGGCGCCUCGGCUGCUCAGAGCGCUCGGCGGCGGCGGCCGCCACACUGGGCCCGGUCGGCUGCUCCAAGCGCUCGGCGGCGGCGCGGAAGGCGGCCAACCGCGCUCUCGUUGCGAAAGGGCUGAAGCAGCGUGGGCCCAACGGCGAGUGCCGGCACUGUGGCAUCCGCAACUGCCGCAAGUAUGUUCAGGGCCUCUGCUACCCCUGCUACUUGAAGGCGUGGCGCCGUAAGCGUUGAAGGAGUUAAGCAGCUUGGCGGAAGGGAGGAAGUCAGUUGGCUGCAGGGGAAGUCUUGUGGAUGGCAGGCACUGAAAUGAUGCACAGGAAGUUUUGCGUGGCCAGGUGUAAGGUUUCGUUGGUGGCAGACAUAAAAAGCUGACAUAAAGUUGCGUGGGCGGCAGACACACUGACAUAGGCACACAAAGUGGCGUGGGCGGCAGACACAGAAAGUGGGGCGGCGCAGGUCCAGCCUAAAGGUGCAGACAGGCGGUGGCUGAAGCCAACGGCAAGGUUUCUGUGCACAAGGUGGCAGGCACAGCCGCACAGGCACACAGGAAGUUUCGCGGGCGGCAGACACAGAAACCCCGCAGCUACGCAGUACCUACCCCGGCUUGCCCCUGCGCCGGUGCGCCCUUGCCUUGCCCUGAAAUUCCGCAUCGCACAACGCAAUGACCUGCCUAACCUGCCCGCACUGCUAGCACAGGAGAAGCAGGUGCGAGCAGAGGGGUGGAGGAGGGGAAUGGCGAAAUGGGAUUGGGUGUUCGGGGGCACGGUGGGAGGCACAUUCGGGGGCGGCGAGGCGAAGAGGUGGCACUCGGCUGGGUAAGGCAGUGGCCACGUAGCAAAGCCACUCACUUCCAAGCUGCGAAGUUUUGCAAUCGUUCUGCUCUGUCACGGUUAUUGAUUUCAGAAUACUAAUUAGCAUACUAGGUUAGUAAUACGCGCACCCGCCCGCUGUGCGAAAGGGGCAUGUUACAGCAAGACAGGGUCCACCCCCAAAACGUUUUGCAAUUAUUUGUAUCAUGAACUUCGCGCCGCCAUGCGAAUGCUAAAUGCGAUCGCAAGGGCUACUGGCCCUUCGGGGAAAGGGGCAAGCCAACUUGUACAGGAACACAUCAAGUUUCGCAGGCGGGGCAGGUACAUACGAUACACUAGCGGACCACCAUGCGAUCCAUGGGGCGUGCCCCUAAGGGAGUCAAGUGAUAUGGGACUCAACGUUAUAUUGCUGAGCAUGAGAGGUGGCCCCGCGUGGGCACACAGAAAGUUUCGUGUAACUCAUGUCGCCAUGAGGCUCACACGCGGGGUGGCUCACACGCAAACAAAGUUGCGUGGGGCCGUGGGCGGCACACCUCUUGACCAUCUAACCAUCUUGCAGUAACACGCACAGGGCCUGGCGGCGCCGCAGCGCCGCUUACCUUGCCGAUCUGGAAACCCGUCGGGCAGGAGGCGACUACAGUUGGGAAGGACCCGUAAGCGGCAAAGCUUAUUUCCCACUUGGUCGGUUCUGGGUGCUUUCGUCCGUGCUACAAAUGGCUCCACAGUUAGCCGCCCUGAAGGCUAAGCAUUUGCAGUAUGUGUGCGAUGCGGGUGUGUCGGGGGUGGGGGCUGCCCUGGCGGCGGGGGCCUUCGUGUGCACCUUGGCCCGCUUGUGGUCGCUGAAAUGGGAGAAUCAUCAUAAGGAAGCACUGUGGCGUGUGGCCGCCAACGCUUGCUGGGCGUUUCCACGGCAUGCUAGCGAGCGGGCGCGAGGCGUUACUGUUGACCCGUGUUGGGCGUGUGGGGUGGACAUGCAGGAUGGGGACCGGCGUCACUGGUUUUGGGACUGCACUGUUGCGCUGUCACUGCGGGAAAGUAUGGGGAUGGCUAUGGGGCUCCUACCGGAGGAGGCUCUAAGUGCCUUCUCUCGUGAGGAGUUGUGGUUAGUGCGCCCGCCUGCGGGGCUUGCGCCACCUGUGUGGGAUGUGGUGUGUCUCGCUGCUAUGUCUGCCCUGGACUUUGGUCGGCAGCGUGUGGUUAUGGCCGGGUUGGCGGCGCGAGCGAAGCUGCCGUCGGCCCGGGUGCUGAGCAUUGGACUUGCCGUCGUAGCUGACUUCUGGGGUCGUCUCCAGACGUUUGUGACUUUGGGUAUCAGGCCAAAGGGUUGGGACGCUGUGCCGUUUGCGCAUCCCUUCAUAUCUCGGGCUGUUGGUGACGGCAUGGUUUUGCGCUUGCCGUAUGACGCUGAUUCCCCGCCCCCCUCGCCGUGAGAGGUUGUGCGUGGUUGGUGGCUCUGUGUGUGGGCAGGAUGCACGUGUGGGCGACCGUUCUAGUACCUGGACGCUUGCGCCCUGGUUAGUGCGUGCGCUGUGCGUGUGUCCUGCGGCCUAGACGUUUCCCGGCACUCCUGUGCCUAGGCUUGUGGCGUUGAGGCACAGCGGUGGGGCUCUGGCGGGUUGAGGCUUGGCUAGGACUCACUGUGCGCGGAGUCACACGGACUUUGCCCGCGGGAGGGUUUGCAGCAAAGUCGGGGUUGGGCCCUGAUAGCAUGUGAUGGCUCGGCGUCUUCGGGAGCUGGGACUGUCCCCUCUGUAACAUCCGCAUCCU